AUAUUUUUUUGCACGCGACUGUUGUAUAUAAAAUUAUUUUCUAAAUAAAAGUGGUCUUCGCAGUAAAUAAAGCGAUGAGUGAAUUAAAUAGUGAAGAUGAUGCCUUUUUCGAUGAACUAAUAGAAGAUGAGAAUGCUGAUGACGAAUCCUUACCAAACUUUGCGUUCCCAAACCUCAAAGGUGAUCCUGAUUUGCUUUGUGAAUUUAAUACUAGUGAUGAGCACACAAUUAGUACUAGUGAAUAUUUGGACCAAGCCAUCAUAAGCAAUUUAAGCACAUUGGAAUUCAAAUGGAAUAGUGAAUGCUUGAUUUGUACGGAGCAAUUUGAGGAGUACCAGGAAUUGCUGGAGCAUUGCAAACAGUGCCAUAAAAAUGAGUUCGAUGAGUAUACAUGCACUGUCGGGGAUUGUGAUGAGUUAAUUGCGGACGAGGAUGCGCUUGCCAGGCACUUGGUGUUGAGGCAUAGUGAUUUGGAGAGUAUUAAAAUAUAUGGCAGCUGCCCGUUUUGUGAUCUACGUUUUUCUAACUUUAGUGAACUUAAUAAACAUUCAUGCUAUCGUAAAAUUAACAGAAAGGCCUGCAUACAGCCUUACUGCCAAUAUUGUAAGGAGGAAUUUGUCUCGCAUAAAAGAUUCCUGUUUCACCUGCAAUUUCAUUUGGCUAAACGGCGAGCCAAGGUUUGCAUGAUAUGCAACACCGUAUUUUCCGAUGUGGAAAACUUUUUCCUACAUGUAAAUUAUGAGCACGAAUCACUGGAUAAGUUGGCAUGUAAAAUCUGCGAUCGCGUUUUUGCUGAUUUGGAGACAUACAACGCGCAUGAAAACAUGCACAAAACAAAUCCGAAAUACAAAUGUGAUGAAUGCAGCAAAGUAUAUUAUAACAAGAAAUUACUACUAAAACACAAGGUUAAUUUGCAUUCUGCAAUUGAGUAUAAAUGCGACUUAUGUCCGAAAAUAUUUCCAACUUUCCCUAUUUUACAAAAUCACUUGAAAUGGCAUAAUACGGAAGCUGAAGUCCACGUAUAUACUUGCACUAAUUGUGGCUUGCUUGCAGGUGAUUGUGGCAGACUACAGAAACACACCGCAGAUUGCUCCACUGAGUGCUUCGAAUGCGAAAUUGAAGAUGAAAUAUUGACAGCGGCUUACAGCUGUCAUUACUGCGCGCAAGAUUUCAAGGAUAAAUAUUCGCUCAGCAAGCAUCGUGCUACGGGCAUACAUAACAAUGAGAAAUUCAUCUGUCCUAUUUGCAAUGAAGAGCUUGACAGUGUAAAAACAAAGCGUUUGCAUAUGUUUACGCAUAAAGAUUACAAAAAUGUCCUAGAAAAUCUACCACUUAAGCGUCUUCUAAUGUGUGAUGUGGGCGAUUGCGCAGAGUGUUAUAGUGACUGGGCUGCCUUGCAGCGGCACAAAACACGCAUACACAAAUCAAAUACAUGCACAAAAUGCAAUCAAAAGUUAGCGGAUGCAGCAGAGCUGCAAAAACAUAUGAAGCAAUGCCAAGCGACUGGAUUAACAUGUCAGUUUUGUGAUAAAGUAUGCCCAACAAAAAUGUCACUAGCUGUCCAUGUAGCUAGAAGACAUAAUAAUAAAAAUGUUGUAUGUCCACACUGUUCCGCCGGCUAUAAAGAUGAGCAAAGCCUACAACAGCACAUAGAAUAUUCACACGUGCCUGCGCCCUGUACGAAUUGUGAAAAAGUGAUCAAUUGCAAACGGAAUUUGGAGAUUCAUAUGCGUGUGGUGCAUGACACAGAAACCAGAUAUUUCUGUACGCACUGCAAUAAAGGUUUCUAUCAUCGCUCACAGCGAGAUCUGCAUGAAGAGAGUGUGCAUCCAGACUCGAUCUACAAAUGCGGCCAAUGUAAUUUCAAAACGAAAUAUGCCAAGUCUUUGGAAAUACACAUGGCAAAGCAUUUGCAAAAGCUGGAGUUUAAGUGUCCGCAUUGUGAUAAAUCAUUUGGCCGCAAAAAUACGCUCACUUUACACAUCAAGCGACAUAAAAACGAUAAGCCUUUUAGAUGCUUCGAUACCAUUGUUGAUGGCUGCGACGCAGCUUUCAUCACACGUCCGCUGUUAAAUAAUCACAUAAAAAGCAAACAUUCCGUGCAUCAGGUUAAGCCGAAGAGCGUGAGCCAACAAAAGCGGCGACUUGGAACGCAAAGAAAGUCGUGUAUAAAGGAAAUUGGUACGCAGGAGUCUCCCUUUGAAAAUACGACCAUGCUCGAAAUCAAUUCAAGUGGUACAAUGUUGACUGCAGAUAGCAGCUUUACCGAUGUAGCGGGUUUGUCACACGCAGUUGAUGAGAAUUACAUGUUGCUCGUGGUGAAUGAUGAGCAACUGUUGGCACUGGACGCUGCAGAUAUUUCAGCAAGUUGAAGAUUUUCUCUGCUUGGCUGAGAUAUGAUUUACAUAUUCACAUUACACAUUCUAAAAUUUCUCUUUUUGUUGCAAUUGCAAAUUGUUUUAAUAAACAACUAGUUUGCAUUUAUAAAUUACAA